UUGAUGGGGGUUUCAGUUAGAGCUGUGUCUGUAUCGCCCAGCAGCAUCAUCUUUUGUGUGAGCUGAGAGUGGACGGAGCCCUAGUCCCCGUUAACAGAUUCAUUAUCGCUGGGCACAAUCGUGUCGCUGCCUUGUUGUGAAGUCGCCUGGCUGAGCGAUCUGCUGCCUGCAUGGGGUUCUGACAUGACGAUAAGGGUCCCUCUGGGGUGUCUUCUCAAUCCUAAUCCCUCUCUCUCCUCCCUCUCUCUCCUCUCUCUCCUCUCUCUCUUGCGCUGAGGGCUCCUCUCUUAUCCAUCAACACAAGCACCUCUCCACUGUUACCAGACAACCAUACAAUCAAAGGCGGGUUUAAUAUUUCAAAAACAAAAACAGACCCUGUUAUUUAUUUACAUUUUACAUAUUUUUGGGGUUCAUGUCCCUAAACCAAUAUAUUUCAGGAUGAGUAUUUUUCCCAAGAGGAUCCAGCGCUGAUGGUUGGCAACGGUAUACUUCAGUGAGUGUAGAUAUUUGACGGAACACCAGAGAAGAGCAAGAGAUAGCAGAACACCCUCCCAACGCUACAGUCAAAGUUCCUUUCAACAGGGUGGAGGAGGGGGGGUUAGGCGAUAGAGUAUGGCUGCCAUGGCGACCGUGCCCAGCUACACCCCUUCGCUAUGGGUGAGGAUGUGCCACGCCCUCCCCCGGCUGGACCUCACCAUGACGAUGAGAGACAACCUCUUCAUCCCCGACAGCUGGGAGUACCAACAGACUCUACUGGUCCUCUCUAGUCUCUCGGCCAUUGCUCUCGUUCUCUCCCUCCUCGUCAUUAUCUCCUUCCUUAUACACUACUGCUGCUGUCGCCGUGGUGACCGGAGCGAGGGAUCUGAGGAAGAGGAGGAGGAUGAAGAGGGCAGCACGGGCCACGGAUACGGAGGCAAGAAAGGGCGGGGUAUCUGCUGCAUCACCUGGGUGUCGGUGGCGGCUGUCACACUGUGCUGUGUUGCUGUAGGCGUUGGUUUCUAUGGCAACAGUGAGGCUAAUGAUGGGAUAUAUCAGUUGACCUCGUCUCUUCUCACAGCCAAUUACACACUGGCUUCCAUCGAUCUGCUGGUUUCAGACACAAUCUCUGGGCUACAGCUGUCCAUCGCUGGGCCCCUGACCACCAUGGAGGAGCUGUUUACAGGCAGUAAGCCCUACUUGGUGUCCACCCGGAACUGUAGGAGACUGUCAGAGAACGUGGUGUUCCUGCUCACCUCUCUGACCAUGGCUCGCUCCUCUGACGGGGGUGCCUGGAACAGCAGUAACAAUAGCGGAGAUCCUCCCAUAGCGGCCCUCACCCCUGUGCCCCCCUCCAUGGCCCCCACAGUGGCACCAGUCGGAGGGGUCAUGCCAAGCCCCUUCUCCCCUGGCUGGGCAGCCAACACACUGAUGGUCAACGAGGACUACAGGUGGCUGUCCUACGUGCUGCUGUUGCUGCUGGACCUCCUAGUGUGUCUGUUCAUCCUGCUGGGGCUAGCCAAACAGGUCCGCUGGCUCCUCAUCCUGAUGACGGUGCUGGCCUGGCUGGCUCUGUUCCUGAGCUGGGGCUCCCUGGGCCUGGAGACUGCCACUGUGGUGGCUGUCAGUGACUUCUGUACAGAUCCCAACACGUUUGUGCUCAACUCCACCCACUUCAACUCUGGGACCAGCUCAGACGUGUUGGAUUAUUACCUGACCUGCAGCAGACGUAUGAACAGCCCAUUCCAGCAGCUGCUGACCCAGUCACAGAGGGCCCUUUCCAGCAUCCACACACACCUAUCCAGCCUGGACCGGAAUGCUCUCCCACAGGUCCCCAAGGCAGAGAAGUCACUCAGGGAGGUUCAGCAGAUUCUCAAUGCCACAGAGGGCAACUUUCACCAGCUAGUGGCUCUACUCAGCUGUCGAGGUCUCAACAAGGAUUAUAUUGACUCUUUGAAAGGCCUGUGCUAUGACGGGAUGGAGGGAUUGCUCUACCUCUCCCUCUACUCUUUCCUUUCGGCUCUGGCCUUCACUGCCAUCCUCUGUUCCCUGCCCGGCGCCUGGAGAAGCUUCCCCAGUGAUUCCGAGGAGUAUGAAGACUCGGACAGCGAGAGCGAGGACCCCUUCACUUCCCAUCAGGCAUGUAGACAGCCGGCCGUGGGGUCUCAGCGAGGGGCCUUGCCCCCCUUCUAUAAUUACCAGGGGGCCGGGUGGACUCCUCCCUUUUCUAGUGCGCCACCCCUCCCGACUCCAAACGUUUCCUCCAAUGGCAACCCUGGCUAUGAGAGCCUAGCCCUGACUGACAGGCAGUCCCCACCCCCCUCUCAUUACCAUCCCAGUUCUAACUUUUACAACAGUCCCUGGUGCUUGAGGUAGAAGUUGCCUCCAUCCACCUCUGAUCUGGGAUCAGAUUACCUGACACCCAUUCCUAACCUUAACCAUUUGGAGUACAGUACUCUCCCAGCAUGCUGACUGGUUACGGGGGUAGUCAAACACACCCCAACUCCGCCCAUUCAAGGAACCUGUAUUCACGCUAAUUUUGUUUGGUUUAAAAAAGUACCGAUUUUUUUUCUUCGUUUUCUUAUGAAUGGACACUUUACUGAGAUUAAGAAAAAAUAACUAAUACCCAAAAUAUGAGCUUUAGAUGUAAAUUAAAGGUGCCUAACAUCAGUACCAACAAGGUUGAAUGGCCUGCUGUAGAACCUCACAGUAAGCUAAUGUCAGAUAGAUACAGUAGGUCGCAUGAUUAUGAAGAGGUCUGAACCAGGUUCACUUGGUCAAAGUCACCCCUUACAAUCCCCGUUGUCUGUCCAGUGUCAACAGUUGCGCGGCGAGCCAGAAUGGUAUUGACAUUGUAGUUCUAUGUUUUUUAAAUGUAGCAUCAAUUUAUUUUCACGUUUUUAUAUCUAUAUCUUGUUGUAGAGAAACACUGACACAUAGAAACAAGACACAUUUUUGGGUGAAUGAAUAUGCAGUCUCUUCACUUGGUAUUCAACAUGCAAUUUUUAUUUGAUUUACUUUUUAUAGGUGAAAAUUCUGUACCUCCCUUGUAUUACCUUCUGAUACUAUACUUUUCACUGUUAAUGACAUUAUCUAAAUCAGGGAUGGGCAACUCCUGUCCUUGGGGCUGGAGUGGUGAUUAAACUAAUUGCAUUCUAAACUGAAGAUCAUGAUUAGGUGAUUAUUGGAGUCAGGUGCAGAAGGGACACCAAGUCCCCAAGGACUGGAGUUGCCCAUCCCCUCAUGAAACUUUGCUCUUAAAAAGAACAUUCAAGAGAGGGCUAUAGUACUUCCUCUCUGUAGGCUGAAUGGUGAACUACAACUCCCAUCCAACCCGAUACCAUUAGAGAACUACAAAUCCCGUGCAAUGACAGUAGGCACAUAGCAAUAAAACUCCUGCCACUGGUGCUGCAGUAGCCCUACCGUAAAUAGCAAUAAUAACUAUAUAGCAGUGGGUUUCUGGGGUCUUUAUAGGAUGUUAUGUAAAUAUGCGAUGUCAGAUUUCAUUGAACACCCUCCUUGCCUACUGACCUUGUUAACCCUUGAAUUGCGUUUGUAUAUUAUAAUCAAUGCUCCUUUUGAAUGGCAUCCUUUUUCACUCCAGAGUCUAAUAUAAAUAAAAUGAUAACAAUGAA